AUGAUACAAAAAUCAUUUCUAAGAUAUCAAUCGAUUCAAUUUUCUUCAUGGUCAUUUUCGAUAUUACGUCAUAUGAAUUUAAAUACUUUAAAUAUUCAAACACAACGAUGGAACAGUGUUAAAAGUGAUAAUGUUAAUAAAAAAACUGAAUCCAAACAGCAGAUGAUUAUUGAUGCUUGGGGUCAACAUCCAACAUUACGUCAUAUUCAAGAUCCUAUAUUUGAUAGUUUACGUCGUUGGACAAAAACACUUACUUAUAGUGAAGCACCAAGUGUAGCUUCGACAGUAGCCGCACUUGAUGCAGCUAGUGUUGAUCGUAUGUUAAUUAGUGCUUGGUAUUCUCCUAAUAGAGUAAUGAUUUCGAAUGAAGAAGUAUUUGAUUUUGUUUCUCAAUCAAAUGGACGAUUAAUUGGUGUUGGUUCGGUUGAUAUUACUCGACCUAUGUUAGUUAUGCGUGAAAUUCGUCAAUGUGUUGAAAAAUUUGGUUUUAAAGCAAUUCGUGUUCUCCCGUGGUUAUUUCAAGUACCACCAACGGAUCGACGUUUCUAUCCAGUAUAUGUAGCAUGUUGUGAAUUGAAUAUUCCAUUUUGUACACAAAUUGGUCAUACUGGCCCUUUAAUGCCAUCGGAAGUUGGUCGUCCAAUUUAUCUUGAUCAGGUAGCACUUGAUUUUCCUGAUUUGACUAUUGUUGCAGGUCAUAUUGGAUAUCCAUGGACAGAAGAAGCUAUUGCUGUUGCAACUAAACAUCCCAAUGUCUAUAUUGAUACAUCUGCUUAUACUAUUAAACGUUAUCCUUCUGCUUUAAUUGAAUAUAUGCGAACUCAUGGUCGUAAUAAAGUCUUGUUUGGUACUAAUUUUCCAAUGAUCACUCCUGCUAAAGCUCUCGAUGGUCUUAAUGAUUUGAAUCUUGAUGAAAAGGCUCGUGCUCUUUUUCUAGGUCAAAAUGCUGUACGAAUUUUUCGUCUAUAA